GCGAUCCUGAAUUCAGUGCUGCCCGUUCGAUGCCCGAGCCAACAUGUCGAAGGGACCGCGCGCGCUUCCGUGAGAUUUCGAAACGGAUCCAACUCAGAUUUUGUUUUCAAUCAAGUGCUCAAAGUUUCUAACGAAUCCCCCCUGUUUCAAAUGUAAUUUAUCCCGCAAAUUUUAUGUUCUUAACGACUAGUGUUCCGAAAUCAGUGAAAUCAACCCCGCGUUUUGAAAUUUGUUCGUAUUUUUCCCCGGUUGUUUUGAGUUUUGUGUGUUGUGCUUAACGCUCCUGGAAUUUUAUUUCGCCGGUGCUAUGGAUACGAUUUUGGAUUCGCCCUGCCUCGGAGGAUUUUAGUGUGUGCGUGUUUGCCGAUAUUUCUCGCGCCGUGUAUUUAUGAAACGGAAAAAGAGGAAAAAGCAUCUUGUCCGUUGAAAGCGCGAAUGUUUCUCUUAUUUUCGCCUGUGAUGUUUUGAUUGUGUUUUUUAUUUAUUCUAUCCCCGCUAAAUUAUUUCCACCGGACUGGAAAUAUUUAUUUUCACUCGUUUAGUUAUUAAAACUUGUCUACCAAUGCGUGCGCGGUAGCAAUCGAUUUUUAAAUUUAAAUGUUGAUCUGAGUAUUCUUUAGAGCCUCUUUUUGGCUCCGCAAAAUGAGACUGAUGGGAAACAUGAGGGAGCGAGUGAUUAAACAAACUAGUCAACUUGCACUAUUAGUUUUGAAUUUUUUAGCGUGCGCUCUGGCAAGCGAACCUUGCAACGUAUUCCUCGAGCCCAAUGCAACUUCGAGCAAGUUGUCCGCGCUUUGCAAACUCCCAACGAUCCCCCGGGAGUUGAUUCUGCCGGAGAGCGAUAAUGUGAUCAAACUCAGAUUGGAGUGCAACCAGGAUAUCCACGCCGAAAGUUUCAUCUACCUGAGCCUCCUCUCGCAUUUCAACCAAAUCGAAGAGUUCAACCUCACCAACUGCAAAGUCGCCGAGAUAUCCGAGAAUGUGUUCAGCCAGAGCCCUGGCCUCAAAAAGCUCACCGUCAACUCUCGAAACUUCGACUGGUCACCGACGAAAUCCCUGAGGAUCAAGAGCAGGAGUUUCCGACCUUUGAAGGAGCUCCAUCACCUGGACCUGAGUUUCAAUAACAUGGACUCGCUGCCGGACGGCGUGUUUUGCCCGUUGAAAAAGCUGCAGCAUUUGAAUUUAUCCAACAACGCCAUCGCAGAUAUAACAAGGCUGGGACUCUCGGCGAAGAAAUGGGCCCCUCCUCGCGUGUCGAGCCCGCGACCCACGACAUCGGAGGGCGACACGGACGGGGAGGGCACCACCGAGUGCCAUGGCGGCAGUGAACUUCGAACUUUAGACCUCUCGGCCAACCGCAUCCAAAGCCUCGCCGAGCUUUCCGACGUUUCGAAAUUCAAGCGGCUCCACACCCUCCUUUUGAACGACAAUCUUAUCACCGAGAUCCCGAAAAACGCCUUCUCAAGCCUUCACAACGUGCAUAUCCUUAACCUCACAAACAACAACAUCCAAACUUUGACGGAGAACGUGUUCACCAACUGCAAAGAGCUUCAGGAAAUCCAUUUGCAGAAUAAUUCUCUGGCGCAACUGCCGAAGGGGCUGUUGAAUCAUUUAAACAAGCUUUUAAUACUCGACUUAUCAUCGAAUCAACUGACUUCCAAUCAAAUAGACGAGUCCACGUUCGUCGGCCUUAUCAGGCUCAUUGUCCUGAAUCUCUCCAGCAACAGGCUGACGCGCAUCAACUCCAAAACGUUCAAGGACUUGCUUUUCCUUCAGAUCUUGGAUUUACACAACAACUCGAUCGGUUUCAUCGAAAACGACUCGUUCCUGCCGUUGUACAACUUGCACACUUUGAACUUGAGCAAUAAUCGUCUGCACCACGUGACCUCCAAUCUGCUCAACGGGUUGUUCGUUCUCACCAAGUUGAACUUGAACAAUAAUUUAAUCACGACCGUCGAUGAGAUCGCCUUCAGGAACUGUUCCGAUCUGAAAGAGCUUGACCUCAGCUCGAACGCCAUCUCUGAGCUUCCAACGGCGCUAACCGACCUGUCCUUCCUGAAGUCUCUCGAUCUGGGCGAGAAUCAGAUCUCGGAGAUUAAACCGAACUCUUUUAAAAAUAUGGCCCAAUUGACGGGGCUUCGGCUGAUAGACAACAGCAUAGGAAACUUGACGAAAGACAUGUUCGUCGACUUGCCCAAUCUCCAAGUUCUGAACUUGGCCAAGAAUAAAGUGCAAUCGAUCGAGCGCGGGACUUUCGACAAGAACGUCCAGAUCGAAGCCAUCCGGUUGGACUAUAAUUACUUGCAAGACAUCAACGGCGUGUUUUCUAGCCUCGUGUCAUUGCUAUGGCUGAAUCUGUCUGAUAAUCAUUUAGUUUGGUUCGAUUACGCGUUCCUGCCGACGAAUCUGAAGUGGCUUGAUAUCCACAACAACUACAUCGAGAAAUUGGGUAACUAUUACAAAAUUAUGAACGAACUCCAAUUGAAAACCCUUGAUGCUAGUUACAACAGGAUCGUCGAGUUGAACGAGCUGUCCAUACCGAACAGCGUCGAGAUAAUGUUUGUGAACAACAACAUGAUCAGGAAAAUCGAAACAAACACGUUUUUCGACAAGAAAAAUCUGGCGCGUGUGGAUAUUUACGCCAAUGAGCUGUCGCGACUGGAGUUGAAUUCAUUGCGCCUGGAUAAACUAUCCGAAGACCGGAACAUCCCUGAAUUUUACAUAGCCGGCAACCCCUUCGUGUGUGACUGCAACAUGGACUGGCUCCCGGCGAUCAACAACAUGACGCACCUGCGCCAGUACCCGAAAAUCAUGGACUUGAGUAACAUCGUGUGCCAAAUGACAACUUCACGCGGUACGCAAAACUUGCAAAUGUCCACGAGCAUGAAGACAAACGAGUUUCUGUGCAGGUACGAGACCCAUUGUUUCGCCCUGUGCCACUGCUGUGACUUCGACGCCUGCGAUUGCGAGAUGACGUGUCCUUCCAACUGCACUUGCUACCACGACCAAACCUGGAACACGAAUCUGGUCGAUUGCUCCAACCAGAAUUUGAACCAUAUCUCUGAUAAAAUUUCCAUGUACGCAUCCCAUGUCUAUUUGGACGGCAACAAUUUCGCGGAGCUUUCCAACCACCUGUUCAUUGGCCGUAAAAACCUCAAAGUGCUGUUUUUCAACAACAGCAACAUCCAAACCAUCCGGAACAACACUUUCAACGGUCUAAGCACGCUGCAAACGCUCCACUUGGAGCACAACUCCCUCGUCACACUUUACGGCAACGAAUUUGAAAAUCUUUACAAUCUGAAGGAAUUAUACCUGAACAACAACAAGUUAGCUUACAUCAACAACAUCACCUUCCAAAACUUGCGCUCGUUAGAACUGUUGAAGCUGCACGAUAAUCAGCUGAUGCAUUUCAACUUCGUGCUCUUGAAUUUCUACAACAGUCACCUGAUAAAAGUCUCCCUCCACGAUAACCCGUGGUCGUGCGAUUGCACUCAUCUCCAGGACCUGGCCACUUACAUCUCGAAUAACUACAACCAAAUCGAGAACGUGAACGCCAUCAACUGCUACUACAACAACAGCAGCAACAACCUGGUCAAAAACAUCAUCAACUGGAACAACACAGCGUGCAUCGACUUCCCGGCCAGCUCCAUCAUCCGCAACAUCAUCGUCUCGGAUUAUUUCAUCGUCGUCGUCUCGUCGCUCAUCCUCCUCUUCCUCGUGCUCGCGAUCCUCUUCGUCCUCUUCCGCGACUCCUUCAAGUACUGGCUCUUCAACAACUACAACAUCAAAAUCUUCAAGUUCAAACACUACAACAGCGGUCAAAUGACCAACAAGUACUAUCUGGAGGACCGGGACAAACUUUACGACGCCUACGUCGUGUACAGCGCCCUGGACGAAAACGAAUUCGUCCUGCGGAGCGUGUGCAACGAGCUGGAACCGACGUACCAGAUCUGCCUGCACUACCGGGACCUGCCGGCCAUCAACACGGCCUCCUCCCCGUACCUGCAGAACAGCCUGACGUCGGUCAUCAUAGAGGCGGCCGAGGCCAGCAAGCGAAUCAUCCUCGUCGCCACCAAGAACUUCCUCCAGAACGAGUGGCUCAAGUUAGAGUUCAAGAACGCGCUCCUGGAGUGCCUCAAAGGGCGCAUCUUCAAGCUCAUCAUCAUCGAGGACGCCAACUCCAACCUCAACAACGUAGACAACGACUUUAGACUGUAUUUCAAGAGCUGCACCAGGCUCAAGUACAACGAGAAGAAGUUCUGGGACAAGCUCAAGUACUCGAUGCCCAAUAACAAUCAUAGCGGCACGCGGCAUACCAAGAAAGCGUGCAAUAACUACAACAGGAAGAACAUAAACAAUUAUACGAUAGAGUCGACGACGAACAGCGUGGCCAGCAACCACUCGCGGCGGCAUCAGCACUACAUCAACGAUAAGAACCACCAGCAGCAGUUGCAUCAUCACCAGCAUCACCACCAGCAGCACCCGCUGGCGGCGCACCCGCUCUUCCGGCCGGUGAUCGGCAACGGGGACCUGGUGCCGGUGGUACCGAUGCCCGUGCCGGUGGUACCCGUCUACGGCGGGAGCGAGAUGGUCGCCAUGCCGAAUUCGAGGCACUCGGUCGACAAGUCGCACUCGGCCCGGCAGCUCUCGGGCGACUCGUCGGCGGACUACUCUUCGGCGACGACGGCCACCCCCUCGCCACGGCCCAGCUCCGACCAUAUCUACUCGUCCAUCGACACGCCCGAGUACCCGAGCUUCGAUCGCACGCCCGCGCGCAACCAGUCGUGGCGGGCCGCCCCCGCGCCUUCCGCCCCGGCCGCCGCCGCCGCCGCGACGCCUGGCGUCGGCGUCGACUCCGCCGGACACCCGGUCCAGGCCUACCUAGUCUGAUCUCUACCAAUGUUUCUUGUUGUUUUUAUGAUUUAGUCAACGAAAUGGCCGACCCAGUCGGGAGCUGACCGAGCCCGGGAAGGGCCGGGGCGCGGAGCGGCAGGAGUGCCCU